GAUGUUUAACAAAUCCCAUUAUUAGACCUCAUUAGAUCUCCUUCUCUCUCCAAUCCUCAAUCCCUCAAAGCUCAAACUCAAGCAAAACACAAAAAUUUAUUAAAAUCCGAUGUACAAUAUCAUUAUUGUAAAUCAACUUGUUUGGACUCGCACCUAAUAAGCUUGAAGUGCACAGUCGUCAUCAACGUCGUGACGUCGUCGGUUUGCUCGGUGAGAUGGUCGGAAAUGAUGGAAUCGGCGAUGGUUUCAGCACUAUCGGCAUUACUAGCGGUGGUUUCGGCGACGAAUUUUGAUUUGUUUGAGUGAUUGUAGACUUUGUAGUGUUUUUUUUCGUGACUAUUGUCAAUUUUGCAUUUAUUUUUGUUGAUUUUGAUACUCUGUUUUGCAUAUGUAGCUUAAUUACUUUUGUGAAAUUAAAAGUCACUUGCGUGAAAAAAAAAAGUUACUUUUGUGAAAAAAAUGCCACUUUUGUGAAAUAUGGGUAACUUUUGUAAAAGAAAAAUGGUCACUUUUUAUAAAAUAUUCGAUGUAUAGUAAAAUAUUGUAAACCGGGGGCAUGCACAACCAAAUUUCAUUUUCAUAAUAGACAUCCAUUUUAAAAAUUGAAAUCCAUCCACAAAAUUAAUCAUGAGAAAACCAAGCUUCCACAAAUUUUAAGCAUCCACAAAAUUAAUCUUGAGAAAACCAAGCUUCCACAAAUUUUAAGCCUCCAAAUGUUAUGAUGCUAACUUUCAUACCAGAUUUUUUAAACGUAGAAACUAGAAGCACCACAUUAACCACACACUCAUAAGUUUUUGUCCCUUUUCAUGCUCUUCCUAUUUUAUAUUCCCUCAAUAUGAUUUUUCAGCUAAUUAAAUUAAUAAAUUAAUACUUCAUUUUUAUAAAUAUAUCACCCUUCUUCAUUUACCAACAGAACUCAACUGAAGUCAUGGCAAUCGAGGCUUGGUAUAUGGAUGAAAGUAAUGAGGAUCCAAGGCUUCCUCAUCAUCGAAACCCAAAAGAAUUUGUCUCCCUUGAUACCCUUUCUGAAAUUGGUGUUUUACACUGGAAAUUGAAUGCUAAGGACUAUGAAAAUGAUCCUGAAUUAAAGAAGAUUAGAGAUGAGAGGGGUUACAACUAUAUGGAUAUUCUUGAUUUGUGUCCUGAAAAGGUGGAGAAUUAUGAGCAGAAGCUGAAGAACUUCUUCACAGAACACAUACAUGCAGAUGAAGAGAUACGCUACUGCUUGGAGGGAAGUGGCUACUUUGAUGUACGAGACAAGGCAGACCGUUGGAUUCGGAUCUGGCUUAAAGAGGGUGAUAUGAUCAUACUUCCUGCUGGAAUAUACCAUCGUUUCACUCUUGACACCUCUAACUAUGUGAAGUUAAUGAGGCUUUUCAUAGGAGAACCAGUGUGGACACCCUAUAAUCGGCCACAGGAAGAUCAUCCAGUUAGAAAGGAGUACGUAAAGAAUUUGGCAGAGAAAGCGAGGAUGCCUGUUUCUGCUUACUAGUAAUUCAAGCCAUACCUUGUGGUUGCUCGUGGGUAUCAAAAUUUUAUAGGUAUUCCGUGACUGUAAUCAUUGAUAUGCUAGAGCUAUGGCUGCUUGUAAUGUGUAUCGCUGCUUCUUUGUGGACAGUAGUAGGAAGUUAUAGUGUAAAAAUUUCUACACAAUUAUUGUUAUUGUUUUAGAACAAAGGAUUUAAAGAGAUCAAAAGAAAGCUUUUAGAUACUCCGAUAAUUGUUUUGUAUAUUUCCUUCAGAUCAUGCGGUGAUUUAUAGUAGCCUUGCAUGAAAAGUGUUUACUCGAUA